AGUCACUCAGCGAUUCUCGCAGCGUUUGUCGAUUCCAUUUUAAAAACUAACCAAAGAUGUUCGCUCGAAUAUUGGCGAUGUUCUCCGUCUCUCUCAUCUGUAUUGAAUUGGCCGAAAGUGCACCAGCUUUGGCUAAAUCACCGUCAAUGCAAUAUUUAACCGGAGGUCCGGGGUACAUACCAGUCUACAUCAGGCCCGGUGAAACGCCGCUCGAAGAAAUCAACCCCGAUUUGGCCGCGGCCUUCGAGUUUUAUGCACAGAAACACGGCCGAAUAACUUUUGCUCGUUCCAUACAGGACGAAGCCGACGAUGAUGGUGAAAUUAAAACUGUAUACCCGGAACGCAUCAGAAUAUCGGAGAUCGAGAAGGUGACCCUAGACGAAGAUCCCGCGCCUGAAGAGGACAAUAAAGUUAGCGAAGCAAAAAAACCAAAAGAUGAUUCGAAAUACAGCAACAUCCAAAAGAUACCCAGAGCGUAAGAUGUGAUAAGUAGUCUUUAGAUAUUUAUUUUGUUGUAAAUACAUUCUUCAAUGUAGAGAGUUAAUAUAGAAGUAAAGUUAUU